AUGUCCCCAGCGGAUGCAUUGGAUUAUUCGAAAGUGAAACUGGCACUCAUGCAGAGAUUCCGAUACACGAAAGAGGGCUACCGAGAAAGAUUUCGAGAAGCAAAACCCGAUGACGGGGAAACGAGAAAGCAGUUUGCCGCCCGACUAGCAGGGUAUUUCGACCGAUGGAUAGAGAUUUCAGGCGUGAAACGAACGUUCGAGGCCCUCCGGGACAAAGUACUCGUUGAACAGUUUCUACAGAGUUGUUCUAGUCGCUUGUCGGUGUUCCUUAGGGAACGAGACUGCCACACACUAGAGGAGGUAGCUUCCAAAGCCGAUUUAUAUCUGGAGGCCCAGAUACCAACAGGAGCAAGCAAGCCGAAGGUGGAAGAGCUGGCUAAGAAGUCGAGCACCGAAGACACAGAGAGAGCGGCGAGGGGUGGAAGUAGAAAGACCAUCCGGUGCUUUCUCUGCAACAAGGUCGGCCAUAAGGCAGAAAACUGCCGCAGCCGUCCGUACACGUCCAAGACUUUGACUUGUUGGAGCUGUGGCCGCACAGGGCACCGAGCGAACACUUGCGGGUCGACACUAGACAACCGACCUCAGGCGUCCUGUGUAUGGACGGUGCCAAGCCACACGAGGUGUACCGAGGCAGACGAAUCUUACGUGACACUUCAGGACGGCGCCAAGAUUCCAGUGGUGAACGCUGCUGUUGGACGAGCUCCAAAAUUUCUGGUUGAAAACAUGCCUGUGGUGGAGGGACGUCUCGGUGACCGCAAAAUAACGGUUUUGAGAGACACCGGUUGUAACACGGUCGUCGUUCGAAAGGAGAUGAUUCCCCCCGAGUCGUUCACAGGAACGUUGAGUCCGGUGUUCCUUUUGGACAGAACCGUAAGGUAUGUUCCGGAAGCGGAGAUUCUGGUAAGGACCCCAUACUUUACGGGAAAAGUAAUGGCGAAAUGCCUGAGCAACCCGUUGUACGGCUUAGUGCUCGGGAACGUGCCCAUGGUGCGAGGCGUGAACGACCCCGACCCAAAUUGGAAUCAGGUUGAAGAGAUGAGACCAGCUAGGAGGUCGGUAGCACAGACGUCGACAGGAGAAAGAGAGGAGGACAGCCGGGAAGGUAUUGUCGAAAAAGUUCAUGAGGGUUCUUCAGAACCAGUGCAAACGACCGCACCAAGCUUUGAGCCGCGUAGUAACGAGCCUAUGCUCACCGCGAACACGAUAGAGACGGGAGGAAAUAAAGAUCUACCAAGACAACCGAAAACCGGACUGAUAGUACCGGAGGUUUCACCACUAGAGGCAACAGCGGAAGAGAUGCUCACGGAGCAGAGAAAUGACGAAAGCCUCAAGAAAUGUUUCCGUAACAUCGGCAAGGUGACUGCUAAGCACGGAGGAAGAACGACGCUGAAGUUUUUCAUAAGGAACAAUUUGCUUUACAGGAGUUGUACCUUCAGCUCGGGAAGGAAAACAAAACAGCUGGUUCUCCCCAAGAAGUUCAGAAGAACUGUCGUCACCAUGGCCCAUGAUGGCAUAAUGUCGGGCCACCAGGGAAUUAACAAUACGAUCGGCCUGGUCGCGGAAGAAUUCUUCUGGCCAGGAAUGCAAAGCGAGAUUCGCCGAUAUGUGCGGUCAUGCGACGUGUGCCAGCGGACCGUGCCCAAAGGAAGAGUGGGCAAAGCGCCCUUGGGCACAAUGCCAACCAUAGCGACGCCUUUCCAAAGGGUAGCCAUCGAUAUCAUUGGCCCUAUUACGACCAAGUCAGAUUCGGGAAAGCGAUACAUACUGACCAUGGUAGAUGUAGCCACUAGAUACCCGGACGCUGUGGCUUUGCGCACAAUCGGGACCCCUGAAGUGGCAGAAGCCCUAAUGGACAUGUUUACGCGGUACGGCGUACCGGAAGAAAUUCUCUGUGAUCGAGGAUCCAAUUUUACAUCGGAUCUUAUGAAGGAGGUGAGCCGUUUGUUGUCGAUGAGGCACCUCCUAACGACCCCUUACCAUCCUAUGUGCAACGGCCUGGUUGAAAGGUUCAACGGCACCAUUAAGCAGAUGCUCAGGCGAAUGUGCCAAGAGAGACCUCGAGAUUGGGACAGGUACUUACCAGCACUACUUUUUGCUUACCGAGAGGUGCCCCAAUCUAGCACAAGAUUUUCUCCAUUUGAGCUAUUGUAUGGAAGGAGGGUACGAGGACCGUUGACCAUCUUAAGAGAAGUAUGGUCCAAUGAGGCAAUGACUCAAGAAAUGAAGACCUCUUACGGAUACGUCCUAGAAUUAAGAAAUAAGCUCGAGGAGACGUGCGAGAUGGCACACCGCUGUCUCGAGGGGGCUAAAGAAAGAUACAAGGGCCAUUACGACCAGAAGAGUGUGAAGCGAGAAAUGAAAGCAGGAGACAAGGCGUUAAUACUCCUCCCAAGUGACAACAACAAAAUGCUGAUGCAGUGGAAGGGUCCAUUCGAGGUCACUGCCAGAAGAAACGAGGUAGAUUACGAGUUGGAUUUAGGAGGUAAGAGAAAAGUGUUCCAUGUGAACAUGUUGAAGAAGUAUGAAGAAAGAGAAGAGCACGAACAAGUCGCCCUAAGUUGCGGGUUGGCAGUAGAAGUCAACGGUGACGAUGACGUCAAUGACGAUGGAGACGGGGACGAUGUCCCAACGCUGUCUCUAAAGAAACAGCAAGAUGAGCAAGAUGUAGUCAUUGAGGCAACUUUGGACACGGAGAAACGACGCCAAGUGUUGGACGAGUUGGAUAUAGGAGGUAAGAGAAAAGUGUUCCAUGUGAACAUGUUGAAGAAGUAUGAAGAAAGAGAAGAGCACGAACAAGUCGCCCUAAGUUGCGGGUUGGCAGUAGAAGUCAACGGUGACGAUGACGUCAAUGACGAUGGAGACGGGGACGAUGUCCCAACGCUGUCUCUAAAGAAACAGCAAGAUGAGCAAGAUGUAGUCAUUGAGGCAACUUUGGACACGGAGAAACGACGCCAAGUGUUGGACUUGAUGGCUCACUACAGAGAGGUCUUCUCAGAUCUACCAGGAAAGACUAACAUGAUCAAGUGCGACCUCAAGUUGACCACCCAAACACCAAUACACAUAAAACAGUACCCAUUGCCGUUAAAAGUACAUGAGGUGGUGGAGGAAGAGAUAACGGAGAUGUUGCGAAUGGGCGUUAUAGAGAGAUCGAAUUCGCCGUAUAACGCACCUAUGGUGAUGGUGAAAAAAUCGGACGAUAACAAGUGGUUGAACCUUGGAAAAAUCUAUUGUGGCCAGGAUCUCCAGGUGCAUUCAUCGUAG